GGUAAAAACAGGUCAGACGUGUUCUUUUUAAGUUUUUGUGAGUUUCACACAGGCAUUAAUUAUGGUAAAAUACCACUUGUUGAUUGCAAACAAGCUCUGAUUGUCCACAGCUGUGAGGACGGACAACAAUAAAGUAAAGAAAUAUAGUCCACAUUGAUAGACUGAGGCACAGAUACUUUUCCAGGCCGUCUCUCAAUGGCCUCCUCAAUGGACGGCGCUGAAAAAAGAUAUCAGUAUUUACUGCCGCCGGGCUCUGUUUGGUGUGCAAGUUAAACUUUGGCCGGGAGUCCAUUGUCUCCAGUGUCUAUCAUUUAAUGGGAGCUUUGACAUAAUGAAUGAAGGGGUUCCACCUUCCGUCCCACAGAAAGAGCCGGUCUUAUCAGAGCCAAUCACAGCGAGCCGAGUGACGCAUUGUUUUCUUUGUGCGUUUUAAUGAAGUUAACUCUCACACGCGAGAGGGAGAAACUCUUCCCAAUGCUCUAGAUCGGAGGACGAUGUCCUAAAACAGACGAGGCACCUCGAAGACAUGGCUGGGUUUCCUCCGAGGCAUCCCGGAUUUGGGAAUUCUGGGAAGUGUUUUCUGAUUGAGAACCUGCUGCGUUCACCUGCGCCAGGUGUCUGUCCCAAGAGAUGCUCGCCGGCUCCGCUUUACGCUUCUCAGGAACGAGUUCAGACCCCGUCAGUUAUUAUGACCAGUGUUUCUCUGCCCUGCUGCUCUGGAUCUGGACCUGUGAUGAUGUCUGCUACUCGGUUCCCUAAGGGCGUGGGGUCUGUGCUGUGGAGUCCAGCGCUGAGCUCCAGGUCGCGGCCGGGGAUCCUGCGGAGGGCCGUGUUCUCUGAGGAACAGAGACGAGAGCUGGAGAGAACCUUCUGCAAGCAGAAAUACAUCAGCAAGACUGACCGCAACAGACUGGCCUCCGACCUCUGUCUGAAAGAGACGCAGGUUAAAAUCUGGUUCCAGAAUCGCAGGAUGAAGUGGAGGAACUCCAGAGAGAAGGAGAGCACAUACACGCGACCGCCGAUGGAGCGACUGAUGCUCUGGAGUGAAUCUGAACCGGCGGACAAAACACACACGUCAGCGCAGAUCAAACACUCACCGGUGCACAGCACAAACACAGAGACCAGAUGACACAUCAGAGGAGACAACAGACUCUUGACGCUAAACAGCUGGGACAUAUUCUUACCGAAGACCUGGAAAUAUCUGGGCAUUUUACAGUUGUGAUUUACAGGCCUGGAAAUUAAGAAGUCUUAAGAAGUGAUGGAAAAGGCAAACUUUUAACAAAACUUUACAAUAAGGUUUCAUUUGAUAACAUUAGUUAACAUUAACAUAAACUAACAAUG